AGCUACAGGUGUGGAAAGAUCGGCGCGGAUUUUGAGUUGCGAUCCUCAGCAGUACUGUCUUAAAAAUAGCUACAAAAAUUUUUUGUUUCUCUUGAUCUAAAAUGUCUGGAAAUGAAGAUCAGAACUCAAAGUCGGCCGUUAGCCGUCCACGAAAAGUAUUGAGGAAACGACAAAGUCGUGAUGAUAUUUUUUCCUACAGAGGGAAAAUGGCAUUGUCAUUUAAAGCAAAACAAAUGAAAUUGCCAGACUCUGACAGCUCCGAGUCGGAUGAUGACGAAGCUUUUCAGAGAGUGCACUCAGCACAAUACCCCGAAAACGAGUCUUCUGAAGUAAAGGACAGUGACAGCGACGAAGAUAACUGGGCUAUAAAGGACAAGUCUGUUGAAGAAAUAAACAGCUCAGAAAAUGAUGUCAAGGAAACACAUCUUACAAGGUCACCAACACCACCCCCUGCAUGGUCUCCAGAACUUUGUGAGGCUACAAAAAUGAGGAUAAACUUGCGUCAAAAUAAGAAGCUAAGGGAACUAGACAAUGUUUUAGACUCACUCAAAAGAUCAACCAAUACUAGCUGGGCCUCACCUGACAGUCACCUGUCAAACAGUGUGAUUUGUGAAAAUGACAGUGAUGCUUUUCCCAGUCCAUCAGAACGGGAUAUUGUUGUUAAAGUUAGAACAAGAUCAGGAAUAAAAAGAUUCACUAUGAAGGCUGCAGAACCAUUUGGUAAGAUCAUAUCUCAGCUUGCUCAACUGGAAGGUGCAACAGAAGAUAAAAUCAUGCUAAGUCUGGCAGAUAUCAACAUCUUAGGCUAUGAUACACCCAUUUCCAUUCACCUCAGUGUAGCAGACAUCAUUGAAUGUGUAGUUGUUGAUAAACCAAUAUUGACAGACAGUGAGGAAGAAGAUAAAAAUUCAAUUGAGAUAAAAGUUCAAGGAAUAGAACCUGAUUCAAAGAAAGCUUUCCAAAUAUUAAAGACUGACCCGCUAGAGAAGCUAAUGACAGCGUACUGUGAAUACAGAAAACUUCCACGUUCAAGAAUUAAGUUCCUCUUCGAUGGAGAGGAUCUGAAAGGAGGUGAAACACCGGAACAAUUGGACAUGGAACACGAGGAUGUCAUUGAUGUCCGAGUCAAGUAGCUUUAAAGCAACUUAACAAAAGUUGGCAGUUCAUUAACGCCAUAUCAUUUGGUUGUUUUUCCAGUUGGUUUGGACCACCACGUUCUUGUAUUUUCAUGUAUUUCUUUGUUUGUAUAGUUAAGAAGAAUUCUUUGAUGCGGUGCUGAGACAACAGUCUGAUGUGAAGUGCUUACUUUCAAGGAGGUCAAUCGAAAUUCUGCCGAUGUUUUCAUUACGUCUCGUUCAGCAAACCAAACCUUACUCAAGUAAUUGUGUUAAACCACACCCAUUAAAGCAGGGUAAUGUUUGAAAGUGAGGUGGGCUACUUUUGUAAUGCAGUAGCAUCUCUCCAUGGAACUCUGAACCUGUUCAAGGCGAAUACACUUUGUUUCCCUCUUCUUGAAGAUGUGAGUUAAUCCUCAAACCUACGUAACGGCACAACUUUUUAUGAACUGGAUUCUCUGCUGGCAGAGAUCUUGAUGAACGCGUGCGAAGAAGACAGGGAUUUUAAGUUCCUCAGCAAACAUUUUUUUGGGGGAAGUCGCGCACUCGAAAAGAUUGCUUGAUUACCUGAAAAACCCCUGGGUUCAUGUCAUUUAUGGUGCACCUUUUGGGUAAAACUAGAAUUUUCUUCAAGCUGAGUAAGAUUUAUAAUUCUCAAUCUCCAGUAAAGGCGGAUGAAGUUAAACAG